UCCCAAAUUAAAACGCUCUCGUAGGCAUUGUCAAAAGCUUCCUUCAUAGCCGUAAAACUGAUAGAAGCAUCGAGCUUUAGUGUGAACUCCCAUGGCUGAGGAGACCAAGUUCAGUGUCCUCUGCAGUCUCUUCAACUGGAUGCUCAAGAGCAAAACCUCCGCCAAGAAGCGUUCCAAGUUUCGGAAAUUCCUAGAUAACUUCUGCAAGUCCGGCGAUUACUUUAGCGCUGUACGACUCAUCCUCCCCAAUCUGGAUCGCGAGCGUGGCUCCUAUGGCCUCAAGGAAUCUGUUCUGGCCACCUCCCUCAUCGAUGCCCUCGGCAUGGCUAGGGACUCCCCCGACGCUCUUCGCCUCAUCAAUUGGCGCAAAGGUGGCGCAAAGACUGGUGCCAGUGCUGGAAACUUUGCACUUGUUGCCGUCGAAGUACUAGAGCGUAGGCAAGGAAUGACGUCUGGUGGACUAACAAUCAAGGAGUUAAAUGAGUUGCUUGAUCGUUUGGCUUCAAGCGAAAACAGGUCUGAGAAGACUUCAGUACUUGCUAUGUUGAUUAAGAAGACAAAUGCACAAGAAAUGAAGUGGAUCAUCAUGAUCAUUCUAAAAGAUUUGAAGUUAGGGAUCAGUGAAAAAAGCAUAUUUCAUGAAUUCCAUCCAGACGCAGAGGACUUGUUUAAUGUCACCUGUGACUUGAAAUUGGUUUGUGAAAAGCUUAGUGAUCGAAGUCAACGCCAUAAGCGGCAGGAUAUUGAAGUUGGAAAGGCAGUGCGUCCUCAACUAGCUAUGAGAGUUGCUGAUGCAACUGUUGCGUGGAAAAAGCUUCAUGGGAAGGAAGUGGUCGUCGAGUGCAAAUUUGAUGGUGAUCGCAUACAAAUUCAUAAGAAUGGAACAGAAAUACACUACUUCUCAAGAAAUUUUCUUGAUCACUCUGAAUAUGGACAUGCAAUGUCAGACGUCAUUAUACAAAAUGUUCUGGCUGAUAGGUGUAUACUAGAUGGUGAAAUGUUGGUCUGGGACACAUCUUUAAAUCGCUUUGCCGAGUUUGGUUCGAAUCAAGAAAUAGCUAAGGCAGCAAGGGAUGGGUUUGAUAGUGAUCGGCAGUUAUGCUAUGUUGCAUUUGAUAUCCUUUAUGUUGGCGAUACUAGUGUAAUUCAUCAGAGCUUGAAGGAACGACAUGAGCUUCUUCGAAGGAUUGUGAAGCCCUUGCAGGGCCGCCUUGAAUUCUUAGUACCUAAUGGUGGAACUCAUCAUCCUCCUGGUGAACCUUGUUGGUCACGCAUUGCUCAUAAUGUGGAUGAUAUUGAAAAGUUUUUUAAGGAAACUAUUGAAAACAGAGAUGAAGGGAUUGUUCUAAAGGAUCUUGGCUCCAAAUGGGAACCUUGUGAUCGGAGUGGAAAAUGGUUGAAAUUGAAGCCUGAUUAUGUUCGUGCUGGUUCUGAUCUGGAUGUUCUUAUUAUAGGAGGAUAUUAUGGCUCUGGACGUCGUGGAGGGGAGGUAGCUCAAUUCUUGGUCGGCCUUGCAGAACGUCCUGCCCCAAAUACAUAUCCCAGACGAUUUAUAUCAUUCUGCAGAGUGGGUACUGGACUCUCUGAUGAGGAGUUAGAUGCUGUUGUAAACAAGUUGAAGCCUUAUUUCAGGAAAUAUGAUUACCCAAAGAAAGCCCCACCAAGUUUUUAUCAUGUGACAAACAAUUCCAAAGAAAGACCAGACGUCUGGAUCGACAGCCCUGAGAAAUCAAUUAUACUUUCUAUUACUAGUGACAUCCGAACUAUAAGGUCUGAGGUUUUUGCAGCACCAUACAGCCUGAGAUUUCCACGCAUUGACAGGAUUAGAUACGACAAGCCUUGGCAUGAAUGCCUUGAUAUUCAAUCAUUUAUAGAGAUAGUACAGACAGGUAAUGGUACCACACAUAAGGGUACUGAUUCUGGCGGAGUGCAACAGAGUAAACAAGCUUUCACGAAGCCUUCUACAAGGAAAGAGAAAAGGAAUCUGUCUGCUGUUCUUUCUCAUUUAGUUCGUACAGAUAUUUCUGGUGUUAAGGAGGACACCUUAAUAUUUUCAGGCUUGAUGUUCUACUUUGUUAAUGUGCCUCCAACUCAUUCGUUGGACUCCUUUCACAAAAUGAUUGUUGAGAAUGGGGGCACUUUCUCCAUGAAUCUGAACAGUUCUGUCACACAUUGUGUUGCAGCUGAAAGCAAGGGUUUUAAAUAUCAGGCAGCAAAGCAUCAAGGGGAUAUUGUUCAUUAUUCCUGGGUAUUGGACUGCUGUUCUCAAAAAAAGCUUAUUCCUCUACAGCCAAAGUAUUACCUCUUCCUAUCUGACUUGUCAAAGAAGAAAUUACAAGAAGACAUUGAUGAAUUUUCUGACACAUACUACUGGGAUCUAGACCUUGCGGACAUCAAACAGCUCUUAAGCAAUGUGGAUGGUACACAACAUGCUAGAACUACUGAUCAUUACAAGAAAAAGCAUUGGCCAUCUAAAUGGUCCUGCUUUCAUGAUUGCUUCAUCUACUUUCAUGCCUCUCUACAUUCUUUGAAACCGGAUUGGGAAGUCUUGUUAGGUCUUGCACUACGGCGGUUAAAGGUUGAGGUUCAAAUGAAUGGGGGGAGAGUUAUUGACAGUCUUGCUCAGGCUACCCAUUUGGUUAUCUUUCUGGUCCCAGGCUGUCCUCUAGACAAUGAAGAUGUAUUGAAAAGUUUCAAUGCAAUGGAAAAACGUAUUCUCCGGAAGGGGACAUUACAUAUUGUUGAAUCUCAAUGGUUGGAAGACUCUGUUGCAAGUGAGCAAAGAUUGCCAGAAGAAACAUAUAGCUUAAAGCAUAUCUUGGAGUAUUUGAAUGGUGAAAAUUGCAAAUAUGACAUGGAUCUGGACUUGGACCCUGUGGAGAACCAGACUUUCUCAUUUUCCUCGACAAAAGAUGAAAUUGAUGCAAGGGACAAUGAUGCCCCAGAAAACACCAGAGUCUUGACAACACUUGAUCCUAGUAGGAAACGAGGAAGACCUGCUGGGAAAAGCAUAAAUAAAAGAAAAGCAGGGGCUAACCAAGCUCGAAGAACACGACCACGCAUUGGAAAUAAACCUGCUAAAAUAUCUGGCAAUGAAUCAGAUGAUAGUGUUUCUCAUGAAGAAAACAUAUUCAAAGAAGAGAUCAAACAAAUGAAGGAAGAUGAUGAUGAGAAAAGUUCACAUAUGAAUAAAGCAAUAGCUGGACUCAAUCAAGUUCGAAGAACACGGGCACGGACUGGAAAAAGGCCCGCAAAAAUAUCUGGCAAUGAAUCAGAUGAUGAUGUUUCUCACAAGGUAAACACAGUCAAAGAGGAGAGCAAACAAAUGGAGCAAAAUCAUGAGCUGCUUCAUAAAGCCGAGAGGGUAGAAGAACCUCAAUCAGCAGUUGAACAGAAUAAGCAAGGUGAAGAAAGUUUUAGACAUAAAGAGUGGCUCAACAAAGUUCCUGAAUAUGAAAUGAUCGAGAAGUGUAGUAGCGAACACAUUCCGCACCAGAAGCUGGAAGUUCUGACUGAUCCUGUUCAUGCCAUGUUGUUGGACAUGAUUCCAAGUCUCGGAAAGCCGAAAACGGCAACGACUACUACUAAUUUAAGGAUUGAAGAUGAUAAGCGGCCAAUGGACGUAAAUGCAGCACUGACUACUACUAAUUUAAGGAUUGAAGAUGAUAAGCAGCUGAUGGACGUAAAUGCAGCACUGCCACCGGCAGAGCCUAAAAGAAAGAAAGUUAGCUACAGGGAUAUUGCUAGUGAGCUGCUCAAGGAUUGAUAGCUUUUACUGUGUUGCACAUUUGGUUGUAUAAAUGUGUUGUGAAAGAUGUAAAAAAAAUUGAAAGUGGACUGACCAUAAUUUUAAUCUCAUUCUCAAGUGUUUCUUACCUACGUGUGCAAUGAAACAAAUGUACUCACCCACUUGGGGGUUUGAAAUUUUCAUCUUCAUUGUAAAAUGUUCAAUUCAGGGUAAUUAACAAAUAGGUAAAAACUA